GGCUGGUCGGUCACCGCAGCGCCACCAACAAGCUACCGGACAGCGAGCGAGAACUGCCGUGAUAAACAAAUGCACGCGUUCGGUGGAGAGAAGUAGGAGAGAGAGAGGGAUCCUACUUUAAGUGAAUGAUCUGUCACAAUAGACAGCACAUUGCAGAAACGGACGGUUAUUUCAUGGUAGCCGAAAAUCCUCCUAACCGGAUUACGAACCUCCUUGUUUUAUUCAGAGUCGUUUUAUGUGUUGUGAGUUAACUAACGGUUAAGGAGGAAGAUAUGACGGAGCUACGGAUGAGAGGAAAGGGCGCGGAUCCUGACAGCGUUAGUGAAAACGGUGACAACAAGGAAGCAGAUGGAGGGGACAGACUGGGUCUGCCAGGUGAGGCUGGAGGAGAGGGAGACGGAGACAGUGAGUCUAAAGCAGACACCCCAGAAGUUCCUCCCUCCACAGCAGACAACACUCCACACUUCCUCAACAAGGCUGUGGAGGGCCUCAACCCCAGAUGGAAGAACUGGUGGAUCCGAGGGGUUCUGUCUCUGGCCAUGAUAUCAGGAUUCUUUAUGAUCAUCUACCUGGGACCCAUCAUGCUCAUAUUAGUGGUGAUGACCAUCCAGAUCAAGUGUUUUCAGGAGAUCAUAGAUAUCGGCUACAGGGUCUACCAUUCCUACGAGCUGCCCUGGUUCAGGACACUCAGCUGGUACUUCCUGAUUUGUGUGAACUACUUCUUCUAUGGUGAGACGUUGGCGGAGUACUUUGGUGCGUUGGUUCAGAGAGAGGAUUCGCUCCAGUUCUUGGUCCGAUACCAUCGCUUCAUCUCCUUCGCUUUCUACCUGGCAGGUUUCUGCAUGUUUGUUCUGAGUUUAGUGAAGAAACAUUACCGCCUGCAGUUUUAUAUGUUUGCGUGGACCCAUGUAACCCUCCUGAUCGUGGUGACUCAGUCUCACCUGGUCAUUCAGAACCUGUUUGAAGGAAUGAUCUGGUUCAUCGUCCCCAUCUCCAUAGUGAUAUGCAAUGACAUCAUGGCCUACCUGUUUGGUUUCUUCUUUGGCAGAACGCCACUCAUUAAGCUGUCUCCUAAGAAGACGUGGGAGGGUUUCAUAGGAGGGUUCUUCGGAACCCUGGUCUUUGGAUUCAUACUGGCCUACCUGCUAGCUCAGUUCCAGUACUUUGUCUGUCCUGUGGAGUACAACAGUGAGACCAACCGCUUCACUGCGGAGUGUGAACCCUCAGACAUCUUUGUGAUGCACCAGUACACGUUGCCCUCCACUGUCCAGGACAUCCUCACAUGGAAAACCGUGAACCUGUACCCAUACCAGAUCCACAGUGUGGCGCUCUCCACCUUCGGCUCUCUGAUUGGUCCCUUUGGAGGAUUCUUCGCCAGCGGCUUCAAACGAGCCUUCAAGAUCAAAGACUUUGCAGACACCAUCCCUGGUCACGGAGGCAUCAUGGAUCGCUUCGACUGUCAGUAUCUGAUGGCUACCUUCACUCACGUUUACAUAGCCAGCUUCAUCAGAGGACCCAACCCCAGCAAGGUGUUACAGCAGCUGUUGGUCCUGCAGCCAAAGCAGCAGCUGAGCGUCUUCUUCACCAUGAGAGACCGCCUCAGAGACAGGGGAAUACUGCCCCCUGCUGCCACGGACCCCAUGUAGCCCACACAAGCAAGAGAGAGUAGUGUGUCUGAGAGAAAUUGUCUUUGGCUGCUUGUGUGUGGCCUGCAACUUCUUCCAGACACUCAUCUGCCCAGCGUCUGUUAUUUUUCUUUCUUGUUCUUUUAACCAGUCCUCAUUACUGUGAACUAAGGUGUUACCCUUACAAAUAACAACAACAAUACUUUCAGACUUCACAGCUGCCGCUGGGACCUGCAUGAGCACCAACAAACUACAGUAAGCAACCGUAAUGCUACCAGGCUAACUAGCAGCAGUAACAUUUUUAAAGACUAAAGGCUGCGUUGCUCUGAAGAAACAAAAUUGAUCCUAGCUAAGAACACAGAUGGUUUGUUUCAUAACGUACUGUAAGGGACAGCGACUGGCCGACUGGCUGGCGGUUUCCCUGUGGAUGGAUGGAGAUUAUUGCAGUGAUUUCAGCCGAACUGAAGAGCAACAGCAGGCUCAUAUUCACUAGACACCAAAGCAAAGAAAACAGACCGAAACAGGGAGAUCGAAACCGACCUGAAUUUGUCCAAUAUGAAACGGCUGUUUUUCAUUUUCCGUUUCCGUAAUGUUUUGCUACGGUGUGCACAAAUGAAAAAGUUUUUGGACGUAUGUACGCUGCCCCAACAUGUUGUCAAGAUACUAAAACACAUUUGACUUGGGCAUGGUUGUUGUUUAAUAUGUAGGUAUGAUCUGUCUGUCUAUAUCAGAGAUAAUUGUCUUCACUUCAACAUAUACAAAAAUAACGUCUAAAACAUUUAGCAUGUUCUUAAGUCCUGUCGUUCAUUUCAGCUGAACUAGUUUAGGUUCUAUUGACACUUGACCUCAUGCUAUAGAUACAGUGGGGGAAAAAAGUAUUUAG